AUAUAAAUGGAAUAAAAUAAACCAAUAAAAAUGUACAUAUUGGACUCAUUGAGUUUUACAAGAACAGCAGCAGCAACGACAACACCAACCUUAAACCCAACGACAUCGUCGUUAUCAUCAGUAUUUAAGCAACAAGAAAACAACAACAUUGUUAACAAUUUAAAAGUAACGCCAGCAACAAUCAAAAACGAUUUAUGUGAAAUGACAACAAAUAAGUACAAACAACUGCAACCACCACAACAAACAACAGAUCCACAGCAACAACAACUACAACAAAACAGAGUGGAUGAAAAAUUCAUGUUACAAAAGAAGUCGUCAUCGUCUCCGCAUAAAAUAAAAGAAAUGAUUAAAAAUAAUAAUAAUAAUGAAAAUCUUAAUGACGAACUAGCAAUGACAGCAAUUGAAAAUAAUACGACAAUUGCUGACAAUACAAUGCCCCAAGUACAACAGCAACAAAACAAUGACAAUAACUACAACUAUAAAAGAAAUGACAACAGCAGAGCCAACGAAUGGGGUAAAGUACCUGCAACAUACAACUGCAAAUGCCACCACAAUUGUUACAAUAACUGCAGCGAAACUAAUACCAACACCACCAUCGACAUCGAUGCAACCAAAACAAAUGCCUCAAACACCACAGAUGCCACCACCACUAGUGCCGCUACAUCCAAAGCUUUAGAUUUUGAUAAAAACAAUAUAGAACGAGUUGAAGAAAUAAUGUUGGCGAAUAUUCAAAAUAAUGUCAACCUUAAUACUUUUGUUUUACCACCAGCGACAGCAACAACAACAUUACAGAAUGUAAAUAGUAGUGGAAAUAGUUGUAGUUCUCAACUUGGUAUUGGCAUGAUGAGAGAUGUAGCCAGUGAAGGUAUGUUUCCGCCACUAAAGACAUCUAAACAUAGUUGCAGCCCAAAUAACUAUAGUGACUGUAUUAGUGUCACUUACCAUGGUAAUGACGAUGACAAUGGUGGUGGUGGUGGUAGUUCUUGUCACAAUAGUAACAACAAACAUAAAAUCAACAACAACAACAUGAGUAGCAAUAAUAAUAAUAACAAUAAUGUUAUUUUGAAUACAAACAGUUUUGUAACGGUUGAGUGCUCUCGCUUAACAUGCGAGAAUGAGCGCGAACAAGAAGAAUCAAGAAAACAACUACAAAACGGAUAUGAAAACAGUGGGAACAACAAUUUCACAAUAGCUGAAUUAACCAAUCUUUUGGGAGAGCAAGAACGUUUCUCUCCCUGCUGUGACAGUGAACGAUUUGAAGCCCCACUAGGAAAUCUAAUCGAAAAUGCUGCUUUGCCGUUUUAUGAUAGUCCAAUUGAUAGUGUUUUGGAAAAUUUUGAAAAAUUCCUAAAUGCUGUAAAGUUAGAAAAUCAAAAUUUAAAUCAAAGUGUUCCCGAAUGCAACGAUUUGAUAGAUUUAAGUGAUGAUACAAAAAGCGUAUGUGAUAGACCAGAAAAUAUGAUGUUACAUGAUGAUAAAUGCAACAAAUUAGAACACAAUGAAACCUCUUUAAACGCACUACUUAAUGACAAAUCUCUAAACAUUAAUUCAAUUCAAAAUCAUCAACAUCAACAACAAAAACAAACUUGUUCAGACACAAAAAUACAUGUCAACAACAUUGAAAAGCAGUGCAAUUUUGAAAAUCUCAUCUAUUGUGAUUUAAACGAAACGUUAGAAGAACAAAACUUAUUAGAGAGCAAAGAGAUUUUACCAAAAACAACAACAGCUGAAUUAACACAAACAGAAGCAAAAGUAGUAGAAACAUCAAAAGUAAUAAAAACAUUUGAAAAAGUGAAUGAAAUACAGAGUGUUGACGAUGGCAACGGCAAUGUCGUCGACAACGACAACGACGACGACAAACCCAUACCCAUACACGAUAACAACAACGACAAUACAAACAUUCUGAUGGUGGAUGAGGUGAAUGAAACGACAACGAAAACACCAGUUACGUGUAUAAAUGUUUAUUCAAAUUACAACGAAAACAGUAAAAAUAACAGUAAAGAGCAGCACGAGACCUGCGCAGUUCUACAACCAAAAGAGACGUGUCAAAUUCCAAACAGUUGUAUUGUCAGAACAUUGACAGCAGCAGCAACAACAACAAAAACAACUACAGCGACAACUAGAGUGCCAUUAGAAAAUAUUAAAAGAAAUAAAAUUUGCUCAUCGUCAUCGAUCGAAAAUAUUUCACCACAAACCCAAAACAAAAUCCAAAAGAGUCACAAUCCGAAUCAGAGUGCCAACACAAAUAAUACUUCUACUGCUGAUACAGCUACUGCUUCCAUAUCCUCCUGUUCUACAAUAAAUACACAACAAAAACAUACACUCAGACAAGUAGAAAAAGGUGCUGAGCAUAAAAAUAAUUGCCACCAUUCGCAACGACAGCAACAACAAGAACAAGAAGAACGAACACAAGACCAGUUCACCAGUGCGUAUACGUUAAGGGAUUUUGCAAAAUGUCUAAAACCAUCAGCAGACGAGGACAUCAUAUACACAUUGAAUUCUACACAAAAUCAAAAUGAAAAAGAAAAAUUGCAAAAAUUUCAUUUCAAUUCCAAUUCUAAUUUAAAUUCAAAUAAACAACAACUCAAUUCAAUUGAAAGUGUCUCAAGUGCAAUAAAAUCAAUAGAAAAUUGUGAUUUCAGUGAAAAACAAUUGAAUUUUAAUGAAAAUUCAAUUAAAAUUAAUGAAAAUAAUUUAUAUAAUAAAAAUUUAAAGGCAGACAAUGGCAUUAAUGAUUCACACGCAGGCCAGACAACUUUUCCAAUUAAAGUUGAGCCCCAAAGUGCUUUAAAGCAUCCGAAGUUUUUAGAAAAUCAAGAAAUUGUGAAAUUAAAGGAUACACAAUUUUUGGAAAUUGAAAAUUUGUCAACACCUAAAUUUUCAAAUUCAACAAACCAACAAGGGACAGACGCCCAAAAGUCACAGCUAAAGAAACACGACGAAGAAGGGGUCGAAUUUCAAACUCAGUAUCCCAGUGAAAACUCUUGCGAGACAUUUAAAAAUAUCGAAAAUUUCGAUAAUGAAUUAAAAUUUGAUUGUAAUGAAAAAAUCUAUACUGGAGAAAAGUAUUCCCAACCAUUGUUGUAUUUAACAUUUGUAUGGCCAACAAAAAACGAAGGCCAGGUGGUGACGACGAGACGACAAGGUAACGACGACCAGGGGGAAAACGAAAUACAAAAAAUACAAGACGAAGAGAAAGAGGAGCAAGGAGAAGAAACAAAAAAAGAGUAUAACAGCAGGAGCAACAAAAAUAAAUAUGUUGAUGAUGAAUGUGAAUGUAACUGUAAAUUUGCGAGGAGAGUAUUAGAAAAAACAUAUGGAACCUGUAACGAAAAGCAUGUUGGGGGCAGCCAUAAAGGACGACAGCUAAAAACGGUAGAAAGAGAAUCGCAAGAAAAACACGAAGAAGAAAACUUCAAUGAUAAUAAUAACUGCUGCUGCGUUUGCGAUUGUGAUGGUGAUUUAUUCGAACAAAGAAUCUUAAUAGAUAAACAAAAACGCGAAUACAAAAAUCAAUGUCUACAACACAAUACAAUUCAAGAAACAAAGAAUAGUGAAAAUUUUCAAAAUAAAAAUUUUAUACAAGAAAAAAAUAAAAAGGAAAAUUUUAACAAAGUUUUUAAAAGUGAAAAUCAUUACCAUGAAAUUAAAAAUAAUGAAGAAAAUAUAGAAAAUAUUGCAAAAAGUGCAAAAGAAAUAAAUGUAUUAAAUGAAGAAAGUGAUAAAGAUUUAUGUAAAGAAAGUUGCAAAAAAUUUAUCUUAACAAGUGAAAAAUGUGUAUUACAAAGUGAAAAUUCCAAAAAUAUUACCAAUACUACUGCUGACCAAGUUGUAGUAGAGAAUAAUUUUCAUAUAAAAUCCCUGGCGAUAGACAUAAAUCGCAAUAAUCCCAAUUUGAAUAAAACGGAAAGUGUAUACAAUCAAGAUAACAUUCAAAAUAUACUUAACCUCAAUAAGGGUCUUAAAAGAUUAAAUGAAACAAACCAAAACAUUAAUAACAAUCAACUAUUGCAUGCAACACCUACUCCAAAUACAACUACUAACAACAACCACCAUCAUCAGCAACAGCAGCAGCAAUUGCUGUUAGAAAAGGAGAAGCAAGUGGAAGAGGACCAGUUAAAUCUUGAGGAAUUCGAGGCUAGUCAACGUUUAAAACGUUUACUACAACAACAUCAACAAUUUCGUACACGUUAUGAUACAACCACCACAUCAACAACAACCCAAUUCGAUAACUAUAAACAAACUAAUGCAAUAACAACAGCAACAACAACAACAAUUGAAUCAGAAUCCUUGAAAACAGAAAUAGCAAGACAUUCAAAGGAGAUACCAAAGGACAAUUUAUUUAUUCCCAACAACAACAGCAAUCAAGAGGGGGUGUUAAAUACGAAUACAAACACAAACUCAAAGUCGGAGACGAAUACAUCGACGUCGACGAUAACGACGUUAACGAAGGCUAACAAACUUCAAGCAGACUAUGAAACAACUUUAGAAAGGUCGUCGUUAUUACACACAAACGAACACAAACAAAAAGGGAUAAUUGAAAUUAAUACAAAUCCAAAGGAACAAAAGCCAAUUUUAAGCCUAAAGGAGGAACAAGUAGAAAAAGUUAACGAAGUAGAAAACGAAGCAAAGGAUACAGAAAAACAAAAAGAAAUUGGUAAAAGAGCCACAGAAAACGUAUCAAAUAACAAAGAAACAGAUGAAAAUGUUGAAGAAAAUAAGCGAAAUUCACCACGGGCAUAUGUCAGCAAGAAAAUAGUGCGCCUGUCACAACAACCACCACAACAACUACGACAAAAUCACCAACAUUCUCAGUACUCAACAAAUCCUUUGGCCAAACUUGACUUAACACAUAAACAAGAGGGGCAGCAGCACCAACAAGGAAUUGUUAUUGAAAAUUCUUUUAAUUUAAGGUUUCCCACAGAAAAUAUUGACAAAACGGAAAUUUUACAAAAACCAUCACCUUCAAAACGUUGUAAUUUAAAUUUACAACACAUUGUAAAAACAAAACAACUACUACAACAGCAACAAGAGGAAAAAGAAUUCAUUUUAAAACCAACUCAAACAAAAAGUUGUUCGCCCCCACCACCUCUACCAAAAGCAACACAAACAACAUCGGAUUCGGAUUCUCAACUAAAUGAAUAUAAAAGUGCAUUUGUGCCAACGAAACCGGAAAUAUAUAAAUCUAUUAAACCCUUAACAGGAACAAGCGGGAAUUUAACAACUACCACAGCAACAAUUCCCCUUAUUCCCUUAACUGCAACACUAUCAGAAUUUGAUACACAACGGUUCAGUGAUUUUUUAUAUUUAAAUAAUUUAUCUACUUCCCUCAACAACAACAACUAUAACGAUAACUAUAACAACUCGCCUAAUCGUCAAAUAACGCACGUGUUGCCAACCCAACAACAACAGCAAUAUCUGUUAUAUGCAACAAAUUUAGUAGAUCCACAGGAAAUACCACCCUACUGCUAUGACGAACUACUAUAUCUAAACCAAACACAAACAGAGUUACAGCAACCCGAACCAUUUCAAGCUAUUAACUCUUCCACUGUUACAACAGAAACAAAUAGAACGGCUGUUGAAACAGACGUUGCUAACGAAAUAGAUGACGAUUUAGUUUCAAUAAGUUCAACUAAUUCGUCUCCGUGCGAUUGUAUUAAUUGUCAACAGCAAUCGGAACAAGAAAUAGAUCGCGAUCGUGAGCGUUUAUUUUCAAUUGACACAAAUAUCGUGAUACCCGCAGUAUCACUAACCGAAACAGAAGCCGUAGAAUUACUCAAACAACAUCAACAAACAACACAAUUCAAAAUGCGUGAAGUUAACGGUCAAUUGCGUGGUUUACUCAAGAAACCAAAUCGUCCGCCUCCUACACGUAAAAAUCGUGUCGUGUUCGAUGAGACGCGUAAUGAAUUUUUUGAAGCCGAUUAUAUUAUUUUGAUACGCGAGGAUUGUGCCUACGACGAAGAAGACGAAGAACCCUGCACGUGCGGUGAACAUGAAUUGGUGCGUUUGUGCUGUGAGGAGGGGUGCCAGUGUAACUAUUCGACGGCACCGGCUACAACAGAUGACAAUCGUACACCACAGAGUCCUAAAUAUGCACCACCCAUUGAGUUUGUUGACGAAGCUGCUCUAAGUCCUCCCGACGGCUACAAAGAUAAUGGCUUGAAAAAUACACUUGGUGGUGCUUUGAGCGGACACAUCUUUGGUGCUCAACACCUCCAGCAAUUACAAGUUAUACAACGUUUGCAACAGCAACGUGCAGCCAUGCUGGCAGCUCGAAAUAAUUCACAAAUCCCGCCUCCACCACCACCAGCUACUGCUACCCCAGCAUCAGCAGCAUCUGUAAAUCAACAAUCAUCAUCAACGGCAUCAUCAACAUCCUCACCACUGACAUCUUCAUCAUCGUCAACACCGUCAGCCACAGCAGCAGGUGCUGCUUCUGUUGUUGCAACAACCGUUGCCAGUAACAAUAGUAUGAACCAAAGUGCUGCAACACAACAGCAUUCACCAGAUGACGAUACACAGGGUGUGUGUACUGAGUGUGCCGAAUGCGCAGAAUGUGCGGCCAAACAAUUACAGCAGGAUACAGAAUGCAAUUCACCUCAAUGUCAAGAGGAUCUGCAAGCACCUUUGGGUGUACCAGCUGUUGCUCUAUUGCCCAUACACACCAGUUCGCCAGAAAGACGUAUGACACAAAAGGAAAUUAUUGCUGGCGAAGAACGCCCACGUUAUGUCCUGCAGGCACAAUAUAAAUCAUCACCAGUCAAAAAUAGAAGGGAUUCAAGUAAAAAUAGAAAUAAAUUUAUUACUGUACAAAAAACAAACAAUCAAAGAUACGUUGUUGAAACAAUAACUAUGACUACCACUACAGUGUCAGAGAGACGUAUUGUACGUGAGGCCACAGAGGAUUUGGCAGCCAAUGCAACAGCGUCCCCAGCAGCAACAGCGACAGCUAAUGCAUUGUCAGCAGGUGGUGAUAGUGAUUUAUUACCACCUGCAUUGCCAGCCAAACCGGGAGCAGCAUCCAUCAACAAUGAUUCAUCUGAUUCGGAGAAACCACCUCCAAUACCACCUAAGGAAUCCUCACCCACUACACAGAUUAGCGGCAUCUUAAAGGGUGGCAAACUAUGGAAACAAGAUUCGAUUUCCCAGCAGUCUGAUGACCAAAAUAACACCACCUCCGAAGAUGAGGCUGGUUCUACUUCAAAUGGCACCAUAAAACGUUCAGUACGCUUUGUCACCGAAGAAAUUAGCAACGAUGAAGUCGAUGGCCAGUCAUCCAAUGCCGAUGAGGAUAAUCAAAUUAACGAACUAAUACCGAUUAAGAAACAUUCAACCCUCUUUAAAAAUGCUUUGAGGCCCAAUUCGGCUGUACAACAGUUAUUUCCUAGUACGGUAUCGCAUCAAACUCUCACUUCGGAGGCAUUGCGUGCUUUUGAUGAGUCGAAGAGAGCUGGUUGUUUGGUGUCGACUUUACCUGGUAGUGCAGGAGAUUCUGAUACACUUAGACGCAGCAUGGAGAGAAAUAUUUUAAGACGUUCAUUAAUAAAGAAAAAAGCCGUUAAAUCCGAUAUAUCAUUAGAAGAACGAAUUAAACAGCUCACUUGUGGCAUCGACGAGGACAACGAUGAGUCAGCAUUCGAAAAUGGCGAUGACGAUAAUAGUAAAAUUGAAGAUAACGCCGAUCUAUCACAUCGUGAUAGUCCGGCUGGUGAAGAAAAUCCACAGAAAUUCACAGCUAAUGGCAACAAUAGCGACAAGAGUUUCUCGCCCAAUUCUUCGGUGUCAAGUUCAUCGAGCGGUUCAUCGGCUUAUAAGAAAAUAACCGAGAUUUUCAAUCGUGAAAAGAAGAACCAGGAGAAGAUUAUGGAAAUGGAAGAAAAUCCUAUCGUUAUAAUACCUCAGGAAUGUCGCUGUCCUGCUGCUCCAGAUUUGGGUAUGGGUGUUCAGGUGCCUGUGGUCCAUACACAAAUACAUCGCACCCCUCCCAGACAAACUGAACCAAAACGUCAAUUCCUUUCCACUUUAGCGCCACUGACCGCAUGUGUGGCUGGUAAUAAGGACGAUUUGUCUUCGUAUUACACAUUGGCCGCUGCCCAUCACAAUCAGGCGGCACAGAACGCUCAUGCAGCUGAAUAUAAUUUAGCUGCUAUGAUGGCGGGCGAACAAAAUUCUACAGGAAUCUCACAAAGCACGGGUGAUGAGGUGCGAAAAGUAGCUCCCGAUGUUAUAGCCGGAACCCCUGGGCAAGAGCAACAAGAUGAACUCGCUGCCUUUGCCCAGCAAGAAGCUAAUCGCACUGAGAAAAUUAAGAAACGUUAUGGCAACGAACCGGCUAAUACCAAAGAAAUCAACAAAGAGGCCAACUCAGAUGAUGACGAGGGCAAUGACUACGGCUUCAAUAAGCGACCCUCCGUACGCGGCAUUAAGCCGAAAUUCAGUUCGACCAAUGAAAUUCUCCAACAAAUGCAAGACCAACUUUCACAGCAAAUGCCCGGUGUUACUCAGACUCUGCCACAAGCCAUGAAGAGCUACACCUUACCCAAACAAUCCAGUGCUAGUGCCAUGACCAAGCAAUUGUCUCAACAACAGCCGUCACCACAGAAUGUACCCCACCCUAUUGCGGCCACUUCACAGCAACAGUUAGGGCAGCAACAGUUAGGACAGCAACAGCUAGGACAACAACAGUUAGGACAGCAACAGCUAGGACAGCAACAGUUAGGCCAACAACAGCAGCAAAUGUGCAAUGCCGUUGCUCCACCAACGCAGACUAUGCAAAUGCCAUCUAAUGCUGCCAUUUCACAGCAACAAACUGAGCAGCGCACCUGGAGUUUCUACAGCGAAACAGGUGGAGCUGGUGAGCAACAACGUCUUCCGGUCGAAAGUGCUGCAGCCGCAAUGCAACAGACCUACUAUCAAACUCUACCGGCUGGUGCAAUGUUCCGUCAUACAAUGAUCCAUCAGCAGCACGGGCCCGAAGAAGCAAUGCUCUAUGCUCAAAACUGUCAGGCAAUGGCCACAACCAUUGAACCGCAGCCACAUUAUGGUCACUAUGCCCGAAGUCCUACCCGUCGACCCGAAUCCCCACCUCCACUACGCAACUAUCAUCAGACUAUGGUACUGAUACCCUAUAACGCCGAAACCUAUUCACAAUUCGCCGCUACCAAUAUGGAUCCAAAAGUGGCGCACAUACAGCGUCAGAAUAUUUUGGAAUACCAACAGGUAGGCGAAAUGACACAAGUUACUCAACAAACUAUACGUGUUCCGAUUGGUUAUGCUUUACCCGGUAUGCAGUUGCAUGUUGUGGCGGGACGCGGACAGGCUGCCCAAUAUGCCACAGCCGCUGCUGCUCAAACUCAUCAACAUCAGCAUCAACGUAUCAUGACACAACGCUACCAAUUUGCCCAAGAAGCCAGUAUGGCGGGUUUCAGUGAACGAGGCGUGCCCGAAGGGGCAGCUGCUGUCUCACAUAGCGAUUGCACAAGUAGUGGAAUGGUAUCACCCACAACUGGCCAACAAAUCGCCAUGCAACAACAGCAGCAGCAGCUACAGCAAAAUGCUCAGAUGGUCCAACAGCAGCAACAACAACAGCAACAAAUAAACUGUCAACAACAACAGCAGCAGCAACCCCAACCUCAAACACAAAAUAAUAUGCAGUCGGCAGCCCAGGGAUCCGUGUAUUAUGCCAUGAACGUAUGACCCACAGCUGAUUAGUCAAUGUCAACGGCGGUUAUAGUCGAACGCCGCCAAUGCCAACGUGUAGAGAUGUCAUCGACAUCAGUACAAUUGAGUACGCGGUAGAGUGAGAUUAAUUAAGAAAUGAAACCAAAAAAACAGACCUUCACCCCACCUUAAAUUAUCCUUUCUCAUCCCCCUGUCCCUUUUCACACUACUCCCUCUUCACACCUGAAUGAGAGCUGCCAUUAUGGAAUUUAGUAAUGUACACAAUAGAUAUGAAGUAUUUUAAAAUUGAAUUGGCUACAAAAAAAAAAGAAGAAAGAAUGAUUAUUUUAAAUUAACUUAAAGUGAAACGAAUGAAUGCAUGAUUGAAUC